UUUGCUGGUUGAUUUUAAUUCGGUGGUUAGGCAAUCGAUCAUGGACGGCGACCAGGACGCGGAGUUGCAGGCGUUACGAGCGAGGCGUAUGGCAGAAAUGCAAGCUCAGUACGGUGGGGGUCAAGAGGAUGAGAAGAAGAAAGCUGAAGCCCAGAGAGAACAGGAGCUGCAAAAGAACUCAAUAUUGUCUCAAAUACUCGAUCAAGCUGCUAGAGCAAGAUUGAACACCAUUGCCCAAGUGAAGCCCGAAAAAGCACAAAAAGUUGAAGGCAUGUUGAUCCAGAUGGCUCAGACGGGACAGCUGGGUGGCAAGGUGACUGAGAAUCAAUUAAAGUCCUUACUAGAGCAAGUCAGUCAAGUAACCCAGAAGAAAACGGUUGUCAAGUUUGAUCGACGACGACAUGCUGUAGAUUCAGAUGACGACGAGUAUGGCUAAGAGACGGUAGCUCUACUGUACUUGUCUGUCCAUUGUCUUUGACAGAAAGGUUAUCCUUGUGUUCAUGCACCAUACAAAAUAACAAUACGAAUUGCUCAUUGACUAAUCAAAAAUACUUUAAUGUGUAAAAGCAAUGUAAGCAUGGCACCAA